AAUGGAAGAUCAAAAGGUGCAGAAAAAACAGUGUGAUAUGAAAACAGACCUGAACUUAUUGCUUGAAUGCCUUAAAUAUCAGAUGGACUGCCCUGAAUCUCAGAAAGAGGCUUUGAUCACUAUUUAUUCAAUUUGUCAACAAAACAGUGAAGCAAGUGAAUAUUUUCGAGAAAUUGGUGGUUUGAUGUUUAUAAACGAUCUUGCAAAGUCAAGUGUUCAUUGCAUAGUAAAGGAAGCAGCUUUAUUUACAUUAGGAUUUAUAAUAGAGAGUAACGUUUAUUGUCAACAAACUUUGUGUACUUCUGCGUUGUUUGAAGACCUCAUUUUAUUUUUAAUUAAUACGGAUUCUGGUGUGAACUUGAAAAGAAUGUCUGUUUAUGUCAUCUUAGUACUGGUUUCAAAUAACAAAAGUGGGCAAACCUGUGUCAGAGAUACAGGCUGCAUUGGUCUUCUGCUACAGCUAUUCAGAACAACUCUUUCCACGUUUGAGGUCAAUCUGUCAGACGAAAAUAUUAAUCAGUGCUAUCAGCUGUGGUCUUCAGUCUGCAGUACUCUCUGUGCCUGUGUUAACAAUCCUCAGAAUGAAGAUAAUCAAAACAUUUGCUGUUCAGUUUUUCCAUAUGCCAAAGAGUGGCUUGAAAGUUGCACGGAGCCUGAGAUAGUUCGUCCUAUUUGUUCAUUUGUUGGUCUCACAGUUGCAAAUAACUUAUACGUGCAGAAAUAUUUUGUUUCGGUUGGAGGAUUGGAUACAUUAGCUAAAGUUCUCAUCAAGCUGAUGCAUGAUUCCUGUAUGAGUCACUCAAGCACAAAACUUGCAGUAGUAGUAACAAAGACUAUGGAUGCCUGCAUUGCUAAUGACUCUGCCAUGGGUGUUGUCUUGACAAAAUAUCACACUGUGUCAGAGCUACUGAAGCUGCUGUCCAAUGAUAUUCUGGAUACAGGAGAAAAAAUAAGUAUUAUUCUAACAAUUGGACACUGUACUGAAGUUUGUGAAGAAAACCAGUGUGAGCUGCUCCAGAACAAUGGUCUUCCACUUAUGAUUCAGAUAUUAACCGAGUCUCAGGAUGAGGAACUAAACAAAGCUGCUACUUUUGUGCUGCAAAACUGCAAACAAAUGACUGAACAGUUGUCCCUGAAAAUAAAUGAUGAUUUAUUAAAAGUGAACAAUGCAGAAGAGUUGGACAUGCAAGUCAGAAAAAGAAGUCUGCAAGACUACUGGAAGAAAGCAAAAGAAAUUUUACACAGAAUAAACUUGAUUGAAAAAGAACAUGAUGAGGAAAGAGUGCAAGGAGGAGUAUUUGUAGAGAGAUCUUCAGAAGCCAAUAUUGAAGCAUCAAAAUACCAUGAAGUGAUUCCUGCUGAUCCAAAACCUUAUACAGAAAGAACACAUAAAGUAGUACAUUGUCCACAGUUGACCUUUAAGUCAGAUGAUCAAGUUCUUGCCACAUCUGUAAAUUCUUCUCCACUGAAAAAUAAAAUAGUGAAUGCUAUGGAUCCAGUAAAUGCUUCUACUAGACAAAGUGAACAGAGUCAUAUUCCACGUUCACUUAAUGACAGUGUACUUCAAAGUCACAGUAUAAAGGAAAAAAAUGCUUGUGUAAAAAAUCAGUCUGUUCUUCAAGUAAGUGAACAUUUAUUUAAACAACCGGCACAGAUUGUUAAAAAUAUGGAAGAGACAUGCAUAUCAGAUCAACAUUCACUCUACUCAGAGAUAACCAAUGAAGAAAAAAGUAGUUCAGCUACACCUGCAUCUCAUAAAAUGGCAAAUUUAAGAUGUUUAGGUUGUACAGCAGAAGGACUGUCCUUCAAUAGUAGAACCUUUACCAAGAUGUUGCAAAGUUGUCCGUACCAGUGUGAACAUCACAAAGUCAUUCUAGAAGCUGAAGAAAGAUAUAAAAAUGAGCUUCGCAAAUUGGCUGUUUGUAACAACAGCAGAUACACAACUUAUGAGAAAAUACUGCUGACCCCAGUGAAGAAAGAAAGACCGCAUACAGAAAUAUCAACUUGCAGGAACAAAAUGUAUAGUUUCCAAAAUAUUCUUUUGACUCCAGUUAGAAAAAACAUAUCUAAUACUUCAAAUAGAGAUGAAUGUAGUAAAAAUACUAGGUUGACUGACAACUAUAACUUGGUACCUACAUAUGAAAAGUCUUUCAGAAAAACCCAAGAUGCUAACUCGAAGAGACGAAGACUCAAAGAAAUGUGCAAACAGGAAUGUCAGCACUUAAAAGAAAAUUGCAUAUAUUCCCUUGGCAAGGAUGAGAACAAAGAAAUAUGUUCCCUGGACAUGGACAGAAGAACUUUAAACAAAAGAAGAACCCGAAAAAAUUUCACGACUGAAGAAGUUAACUGUCUUUUGAAUGGAGUAAAAGAAAUGGGUAAUCACUGGAAUUCAAUUCUGUGGUUUUACCCAUUUCAGAAAGGAAGGACGAGUGUUGAUCUUUCCAAGAAAUACUACAGGUUACAGUUGCAAAGGCAAGAAAAAAACAAAGAUCAUCAAUAAUAUCUUUCAAGAGUGUUUUGGGUUUUGUUGCAGAAUGUUGAAGAACAGCACUUCUAACAGUGAGGUAUUGUCACAACCAUUCAAGCCCUUGGAGAAUUUAGAUUGGCUUGGACUCAUGUUUUUCAGUGAUAACAUUCACUGACAGAGUUCUUAUGACUGCAAAUUGAAAUUGCAUAUAAUUUGAUAAGUUGUUUUUUUUUUUUAAAUAAUGCUAGCAUAGCUAACAAAAUCUUUAUCAGUAAAAUUUAUGUUUUUUUUUUAACUUAGUUAAACCUUCUUGGAACAUUUGAUGUAUGUAACGUUUGAUUUGGGCUUUUGUUUGAAUCCUUUUAUAGUUUGCUUCACACCAUUUGUAAGAAAAGGCUGUAUUGCUAAAGUGAACCUAUGUCAGAAACUGGUGUUAUGUUGUGUCUGUGUGUAAGUUUCUUUCCGAGUGAAAUGUUUAAAGCAGGUGAAAUAUUUUGUCAUGUGUUUAAUGUGCAGAAAAAUAUAUCUGACAGAAAAUACCGAAUGUAUGGUUAAGCACUGCUACAUGUAGGCAAAUCUUAGGUUGGUACAGUAAGUAAAUUGAGAUGGAAAGCUGGUGGAAGUGUCAGAACCUCUGGGUAGAAGAUUUAGUGUGUGGUUCAGCUGCAGUAUUUCUUGACUGAUCUUAAUGACUGGGAUAACCUACAUAAAAUACUUCCGCAUUGAACAAAGUAGAAUGCAGGUACUGAUAAAAUUUGGCUUCUGUUUAUGGUUGGACAUUUUUUUGUGUAUUAUUCAAGUAAGUGAGCAGAA